AAUCACAACCUUAACAAGCGUCUUGCCUUGAGACACAGAAGUCAUUUUGAGAAAUACAAUGUUUUCUAAACAUUUUUCUUUCUUCCUUGUCCUUCUCUUCUUCCUCUAUCUGACAUCUCACUCUUUUGCAGCAGACACCACUUCUUGGGUGAAAGCUGGUUAUUACUAUUCCGGCAGUGAAAUUUCAGCUUCAGAAAUUAAAUCAACACUUUUCACACACCUCUUAUGUGCUUUUGCUUUUAUAAACUCCACAAACUAUAACAUCUUCAUAAACUCUUCUGAACAACACAAGUUCUCCACCUUCACCAGCACAGUAAAGCUCCAAAACCCAUCUCUUAUAACUCUUCUAUCAAUCUAUGGUGACCCAGAAAAUUCUACAACUUUCAACUCAAUGGUAAACCUAUCUUCUUACAGAAAAUCUUUCAUUGAUUCUUCCAUAAAAACUGCAAGAAAAUAUGAGUUUCAAGGCAUAGACCUAUCUGGAGUCUCACCAAAGCAAGGUAAAGAGCUUGCGAAUUUCGCAACCCUUUUGAAAGAGUGGCGAAUCGCGAUAACUUCUGAGGCAAGAAACACUAAAAAGAUGGAAUUAGUGUUGGUGAUGGCAGGUUAUUAUCUCAAAGCUUCAGAUUCAUUUAGUUACCCUUUUGAAUCAAUGCAGAAGAAUUUGGAUUGGGUUCAUUUUGUUGCAUAUGAUUACCAUCUUCCUGAAAAGGACAGUGUCACAGGUUUUCAUGCAGCUUUAUAUGGUUCAUCUGGUUGGGAAAACACUGAUGCUGGCAUCAAAGAGUGGAGAAAGAGAGGAUUUUCUUCUAACAAACUAGUAAUUGGUUUACCUUAUCAUGGAUAUGCAUGGAAACUUGUGGAACAAGGUGAAGGUGGUGUUGGAAAACCAGCUUCUGGUCCUGCUAUUACUAAGGAUGGUUCUAUGGCUUAUAAGUGGAUAAAAAGUUACAUUAAAAGCUUUGGAGAUGGAGUAGUUUCAAGCUAUAAUGAUACUGUUAUAGUGAAUUAUUUCACUGUUGCUUCCAGUGCUUGGGUUAAUUUUGAUGAUGUAGAAGCUAUUAAAGAAAAAGUUUCUUAUGCAAAGAAAAAUGGAUUACUUGGUUACAAUGUUUUCCAAGUUGGGAAUGAUGACAAUUGGGUCCUUUCAAUGGCAGCAGGUAAAUUUUUUCUAACCCUUUUUUGAGCUCCUUACUUGUUUUUCAAUUUAGAAUAUUUUACUUAGAAACUUUGAGAUCAAGAAUAUAGGUAUAGAUUUACUUAUUUAAACUUAUUUUAUACAGUAAAUAUUUUUGAGAUUAUUUGACCAAACUUAUUAUUGGUUAAUAUUAUUGACUCAGUCAA